GCGCGCUGCUUGCCGACAAACAACGACUACAACCCGCGAUCGCCAUUGAACAACAACACCCUUCAACCUCCCACUAGGAGAAGGCCCGGGGCCUUGCAGAACCGUCGCCAUGGGCGCUCUUCUCUCGAUUCCGCUGAUGGCGGUUCCGAGUGUGGGCACCCUCCUUUCAUUCGGAGCCACCUGUUGCGGCGCCGCGACAUGCUCUAUGGUGUGUAGCGCGUGCGGGAAAUGCGGAAACAGUGUCGCAACCCGUAUUGGAUACGCUCUCAUCCUCCUCAUCAACUCGAUCCUAUCGUGGAUUAUGCUCACGAAAUGGGCUAUCGAAAAACUGCAACAUCUGAUGCUGGACUACGUCAAGAUCAAGUGCGGCGACGGCGACUGCUACGGCUGGCUGGCUGUCCAUCGCAUCAACUUCGCCCUCGGAAUGUUCCACCUCGUCCUCGCCGGCCUCAUGUUGGGCGUACACUCGUCCAAAAACCCCCGCGCCGCCAUUCAAAACGGUUACUGGGGUCCCAAGAUCAUCACUUGGUUGGCACUGAUUGUGCUCACCUUCUUCAUCCCGGACACCUUCUUCCAGUUCUGGGGCAACUAUGUGGCCAUCGUGUGCGCCAUGAUGUUCCUCAUCCUCGGCCUCAUCUUGCUGGUCGACCUGGCCCACAACUGGGCCGAGUACUGCCUCGAGCAAAUUGAAGAAACCGAGUCCAAGACGUGGCGCGUUAUCCUCAUCGGCUCGACCCUCGGCAUGUUCCUCGCCUCUAUCGCCAUGACCAUCGUGCAGUACAUCUUUUUCGCCUCGAGCGGCUGCUCCAUGAACCAAGCCGUCAUCACCAUCAACCUCCUCUUGUGGAUUGCCGUCUCGGCCAUUUCAGUCCACCCCGCCAUCCAAGAACGCAACCCCAAGGCCGGCCUCGCUCAGGCCGCCAUGGUCGCAGUCUACUGCACCUACCUCACCAUGUCCGCCGUGUCCAUGGAGCCCGACGAGACCGAAGACCGCCGGUGCAACCCGCUCGUGCACGGCCAGGGCACCCGCACAACCACCAUCGUCGUCGGCGCCAUCGUGACCAUGCUCACCGUCGCCUACACCACCACCCGCGCCGCCACGCAGAGCCUCGGCCUCGGCGCCAACCGCUCCGGCUCGGCCGGGCAGAUCCGCCUCCCCGACGGCGAAGCCGACUACGAGCACGACCUGGUCACCCAGCAGCCCACCGCCCGCAAGCAGAUGCGCGCCGACGCCCUGCGCCGCGCCGUCGAGGAGGGCAGCCUGCCGGCCGACGCCCUGCUCUCGGACGACGACGACAGCGCCAGCGACGCCGGCAACGGCGGCGCCGCCCGCCACGACGACGAGCGCACCACCACCCAGUACAGCUACGCCAUGUUCCACGUCAUCUUCUUCCUGGCCACCGCCUGGGUCGCCACCCUGCUCACCAUGGACUGGGACGACGACUCGCGGCGGAACGAGGACUUCGCCACCGUGGGGCGCACCCUGUGGGCGAGCUGGGUCAAGAUUGCCAGCUCGUGGGUCUGCUACGGCAUGUACGUGUGGACGCUGAUCGCGCCCGUGGUGCUGCCGGAGAGGUUUGAGUUUGAGUAAGAAGAUUUAUCUAGAUACCACGGUGUGUUGUAGGCUUGCUUGUUGGGGGUCGGUUACUACCUAAGCUGGUUUUGAUGGUUGAAUUGGGCUGCGUGAAUUAGCGGUUUUGGUUAUGGCUGCACUGGGCUGGGCUGGGUUGGGUUGAUUGCUGGCAUAUGCAUUGUCUUUUUUCUUCCACGUUCCUCAUGUCACCUCG